CUCUGAAGGAUGAGAACACGCAGCAAAGCCGGAUUGGCCGGCUGCCGGUCCGGUCCGCACCUGCCCCCGCGCUCGCUCUCUCCGGGUUUGCCAGUGCUCAGCCCAAAGCGUGACACCCGCUGGGUCUACCCAAGACCCAGGACCCCAGACUGCUUCGCCAGUGCAGAUGGACGCCCGGGCGCCGGAAGUUCCUUGCGGGGACGUACUGCAGAAUGCGGCAGAAAAUCUACUUCAGGAGCUUGAAGACCACUUCCGAACCCUGACUACGACGUUAAACCUCAGAAUGGAAGAAAUGGGAAGUCGCAUCGAGGACUUACAGAAAAACGUUGAUGACCUAAUGGUUCAAGCUGGAAUCGAGAAUUCUAUCAAAGAACAAACGACCUGAAGAUGUUAAACAAGUCACAGGAAACUGCUAAAAUGGAAUCUAUACUGUUUGAAUCAUCUAUGCAGUAUGAAUUUUCAUGUCCAGAUUUUAAUUUUUUUUUUGAGACUUGAAAUCAAACCCAGGGCCUAAAAUGUAAUAGGUGAGUGGCUACCUCUGAGCUAUAUGCUAACCCAUUAAAAAGUAAAAUUCAUUUGAGCAAAAAAAAAAAA